CUGUACUCUCGCUUCUCUGAGUUGGCUCACUGCGACUACAGCUCUAUCGCUCAGUGUCAAAUUGCGGUGACCAUCUCCAACCAGUAUUAUACAUUGUUUAGCGGCCUCGAAGGCGCUGCCCAAUCAAGUGGAUGCCUGUGCGCGCUCUAGAGUUCUAUUCAGGCAUCGGGGGACUCCAUCGCGCACUGGCGGAGAGUCAUGUGGGCGGCCAAGUCGUCGAUAUCUCUGCCCUGGAUGCGCAGGCCCUCACUGCCUAUCACGCUGACUUGUGGCUCAUGUCCCCCUCGUGCCAACCGUAUACCGUUCUCAACCCGCUUGCGAAAGGAGCGGAAGAUCCCCGAGCCAAGUCGUUCAUUCACAUCAUUGAGAACGUCCUCCCGCAAAUGGUCGCCGAUAACACACAUCCACGCCGCAUGUUGAUCGAGAACGUCGCUGGUUUCGAGACAUCUAGCACGCGGCAGAGGCUUCUGUCUACGCUGUCUUGUCUGGGCUACAACGUGGUAGAGCUGCUCCUCACGCCGCUUCAGUUCGGCAUCCCGAAUUCUCGCUUGCGGUAUUAUCUACUGGCGAAGGCCAAGCCGUUGAAAUUCGCCAAUGUGCAAGACGCUACGCACGCCGUGUGGCGGCACAUUCCCGGACAGGGUGCUGACUGGGUCGAUAGUCGACUGUGCACUGGCUCUCGCGAAGAAGUUGUGGAUGAUCAGGUGGCCCACUCGAUUGCAGAGAUACGACAGUACCUAGACCCUCCGAUUGAAGACGGACGAUCACAUCCGUGCGCUGUGCCUGACCGUGUAUUGGAGAAGUGGGGUCGUCUCUUCGAUAUCAUCCUCCCGUCCGCACGGAGAAGCUGCUGUUUCACUCGCGGCUAUUCAAAGAUGGCUGAGCGCUCCGGUUCUGUUUUGCAGUUGAAUGAAGAACUUGAUACGACGAGCGUCUUCGACCGCUUCCUUGCGGCGCAGGCUUCGGGGCAGGAGGACGCGGUUAGGAUUCUGGACCCUCUGCGGUUGCGCUACUUCUCUCCCACGGAGCUCUUGCACAUCUUUGGGUUUCUCCCAGCUACGAACGCCGUAGGCAAUGGACAUCGUGACUUCCACUGGCCGGAGGAUCUGUCGAUGAAAGUACAAUACCGUCUCAUCGGCAAUAGCGUCAAUGUAGGAGUAGUGAAGGAGCUCAUAGAUUAUAUGUUUCAGUAACAUUGCCUGCCAUUGUUACCUAUGUAGAGCCAGUUUUAGAAGUGCCCCCGCUGUUGUUACGGUGCCUAAGCAGUCGAAGAAUUGGCCGCAAAGUCAGUGCAAAGUGCGGUGACGCAGCUCACCACGCAUUUCUCGAGGCGGAAGGUUUGCGGUACGCGACAUAUAAAUGACUGUUCCCCCACGUCUCACUGCGACAUUUACGCACUACCAUUGGGACAACUCUGGUAGUGAGAAAUGUGUUGGUUAAGAUUGGUCAGUAACGAAGUGUUAUGUUUCGGAACAGUCGG